GACAGUUCUCUCCGGCGAGAUGCGCCUCCGGAUAGCCCUGAGACAAACCCCGUCGGGGCAGUGAGUCGAUCUUAUCCACGUUUGAAUUGGCACGUAGCUCCUCGCCGCUGGCCCUGCGAACAUAUGGUCGACACCAUUCAUCUUCAUGUGACAGAGCCCAUCAAGGUGGAGGGUUAUGUUCAAUAACGUUUCCGUCAUACCCUAGCCCGGAAAAACAGUACAUCCGCCGCUCACACAUACAAAAGCCCCAUGUCUGGCUCCCAUGCCCACUGCGACACCCACCCCUCCGUACAUACAACAUAAUGUCGUUCAAGAUCAACCCGCCCCACCGCGCCGAGCACCUCGGUUCCUUGAAGCGCCCUCAAGACCUGCUGAAGAAACGGGGCGAGUUCGACGCAAAGGAGUGCACAGCAGAGGAGCUGAGGGCUGUGGAGGAUGAGGCUAUCAGGGCUAUUGUGCAGAUGCAGAGGGAGGCGGGUAUCAAGACCAUCACGGAUGGAGAGUUCAGGAGGCACAUGUUUUUCGAUGGAGUAUUCGACAACAUGAAUGGUAUGAAGUACAUCCCAGAAGCCCCUCUGCAAAUCUUCAAGGACUAUGUCCCGGACACGUCGGCUUUCAAGAAGCUCGCUUUUAAGAAUGCGCCAACUUACCUCUGCGAGAGCAAGCUGUCCCGCACACAACCGUUCUACGUUUCGCAGUUCGAAGCGCUGAAGGCGCUGACUACGCCCGAGGAGCACUCACGCAUCAAGAUCACCAUAUGUGCACCCGAGUGGUACCACCUACGCCACGGCGAGUACGCGUAUCCCAAGUCUGUGUAUGCCAACGACGACGAAUACUUCGCGGACGUCGCACUCGCGUAUCAGCAGGAGAUCCAGGCCCUCUACGCGGCGGGCUGCCGGCACAUCCAGUUCGACGACCCGCUGCUCGCGUACUUCUGUGCCGAGUCGAUGAUCGCGGGCAUGCAGGACGCGGGGCUCGACCCCGACGCGGUGUUGGACACGUACAUCCGGGCGUACAACAACUGCCUGAAGGGGCGCCCGACGGACAUGGUCGUCGGCCUGCACCUCUGCCGCGGCAACUUUAAGGACGGGAUGCACUUCAGCGAGGGCGGCUACGACCGCAUCGCGAUCAAGCUCUUCCAGCAAAUCAACGUCGACGGGUACUACCUCGAGUACGACACGCCCCGCGCGGGCACGUUCGAGCCGCUCAAGUAUCUGCCCAAGAACAAGUUCCUCGUGCUCGGCCUUGUGUCGUCGAAGCUGCCAGAGCUCGAGGACAGGGAGGUGCUCAAGCGCAAGGUGCACGACGCCGCGACUGUGAUCGCAAGCGGCGAAGAGAAGCGGACAGUCGAGGAAGCGCUGAACCAAAUUUGCAUAUCGCCACAGUGCGGCUUCGCGUCCCACUCCGAAGGCAACAACGUUUCAGAGGACGACGUCAAGCGGAAGCUCACGCUCUGUGUUCAGACGGCGAAGGAGCUGUGGGCUGAUGCGUAAAGCUGACUAGACCCAAUGAAAAUGCUCAAAUAAUAGGAUCUCAGGCUGUGUGGUGUGUUCCCAUAUUCAACUGUGGGAUUAUUUGUACUCUUUUGUAUGUCCAUGCGAAGUCGUCGACGCCCGUGGAGUAUUGCGUUAAAUACAGGAUGUGUCGAAAA